GAGCUACGUGGAAAGCAGCUAGCAAUUGUACGUGGUUGUUGUUCGGUCUUAAUGAAGCGCUUCGACAAAUCGUGGAUUGGUCUUGUUCUCGUUGAUUCGACUAGUUCGGAGAUAAUCGGGAACCCAGAUUCUCAGUUUCGGCUCCGUCGAGAGCCUCUGCAUAACAGUGGUUUCGAAGACUUCCACGCACCUCAGUCAUUCUCUACUUUCCAACAAGCCGGCACGUAGCUAAAAAAUCGUAGCAGAGAUUCUUUGUCCAAAACUAUCAUGGAAUGCUUCUUAGAGAAUAUAUCAUCUUUCCAACUAGCCUGUCCUACCCUCCUUAGCCUGGCAUAUUGUCCUUUAAGGAUGACUAUAGGCGAGUGGAUGCUAUAUAGCCAGGUUCUCGGUCGAUUCAUGAAACGCUACGAAUACUCAUUUAGGAACAAUGAAUUACAGCUUGACCAGGACGAAAUGAUGGACUUGCACAAAUGGCGACAUCGAAUAAUGCAGUCACGGUUCAAGCUCGAAUUGACGAGAAACUUUGUUUCGUAUCACUCCGGCGUGGAAACCAAAAGAGAAGCCUGGACUUUCGUCUUGACGGACCUAGACCACCUGUCGAGAAAGAUCGAGCAAUACGGUCUUUGUCUCGAACAGAUGAUCCCAGUGGCAGCAUCCAUGACCCAGCUCCUAGAUUCCCGCCGCUCGCUUAUGGAAUCAGUCGGCGUGAAGCGUCUGACCUAUGUAGCUCUCGUUUUCGUCCCGUUAUCUUCGGUAGCCGCCAUUUUCAGUAUGCCUGGCGACUUCGCUCCCGGUCAAUCGCAAUUUUGGGUGUACUUUGCAGUCGCCGUACCGCUCUGUAUCUGUAUUUUCGCCUGCAUAUUGGUAAUAGAGAGUUUACGAAGCUGGGAGGCUUUACUGGACAGGAAGAAGGAAUGGAAUCGCCUGAAAUUUUCAUGAGUUUUAUAAAGGUUAUUAUGUCGUCUUAGUUAUAGGCAACCAUCCCCAACUAAAUUCUGUUACAGGCUGAUAUCUGUAUGUGGGUUUUUGUAUUUGGACCUAUUGAUUCUUGUCAUCGCUUGUUAGAUAUAAGCGAGACAAAAUGGAAUAUCAAAUAUGAAAAGAGCAUAAGGGAAAGGUUUAAGAGGUUCUAAGCUGUCACGAACAAGAUCUGAGCCUUCCCUGAAGUCCAUAUCACGCAGGAAGCAAAUUAUUGUUUUUUGUCAGCGUUUCAGUCAUUACUCUUACGAUAAGGGGUUUCCUAAAACCACUCUUUUUUUUCUUUCGAUACUUUAGUUAAUAAUUAAAGUAUUAUUUGUAUGGUCAAACUGCACAAAUAUGUUUCAAAC